AUGUCCGAGCAAAGGGAGGAGAAGCCUCUGUACAUGUUGAAGUCCACAGGGCCUGGGCGAAAGAAGAGGAGAAGAGGAGAUCCAUUUAUUGAUUGUUAUUUGAAAGGAGAUCCAUCCACCAGAUGCACGUCGGACAGUUCCGAGGGGAGGCCGGACAUAGGCGAUGCAGUUAUCUACAGGAGCGAUCUCGACAGCGGCGACGAGAUCAUAUAUCUUAGUGAGCUGUUGCAAGGAUGA